UCUGGCAGCCUGCUAACUUCCGCCGUGGGUCGGUGUGAUCGUGACGUGUAUCUCACCCAGGACUCCCUCACCAGUGUCGGCUGCUAAUAUGAAGUUAGCUGCUGCUGUCGCCGAUGAUAUCAAGUGAUUCGCGGUAGACAGACUGUCCAACUCGGUUCGGUACUUCCAAAAGCGACGAUGCCUCUCACGGUCGGCGGAGGACGCGGGCCGGUUCACCGGGUGUUGUUGCCGCUCGCCGCCGCCGCCGUGUUCCUGUUGUCGGUCGGAGUUGCUGCUGUUCCAGAGGAGAAACCAGCCGUCCAAGAGCAGCCUGCACCAGAGAAAGCCUCCAGUCCUCAUCCGUUAGGCCCGGUCAUCUCUGAAGAUGACUCCAGCAAAGGAAACCUGGGCUUCAUUCACGCCUUCGUGGCCUCCAUCUCUGUCAUCAUCGUGUCUGAGCUGGGGGACAAGACGUUCUUCAUCGCCGCCAUCAUGGCCAUGCGCUACAACCGCCUCACCGUGCUGGCAGGUGCUAUGCUGGCCCUGGGACUCAUGACCUGUCUUUCUGUGCUGUUUGGCUACGCCACCACCAUCAUCCCCAGGAUUUACACGUACUACGUGUCCACCGCUCUGUUCGCCAUCUUCGGCGUUCGCAUGCUGAGAGAAGGGCUGAGGAUGAGUCCGGACGAAGGCCAGGAGGAGCUGGAGGAGGUGCAGGCGGAGAUUAAGAAGAAGGACGAAGAGCUCCAGCGGGCCAAGCUGGCUAACGGGACUCCAGAUGUGGAGGCUGGAACUACCGUCCCUCAGGGAAAGUGGCACAGCUUCAUCUCGCCCAUCUUCAUCCAAGCGCUCACCCUCACCUUCCUGGCAGAGUGGGGGGACCGCUCACAGCUGACCACUAUUAUUCUAGCUGCUCGGGAGGAUCCGUUUGGAGUUGCAGUGGGCGGUACGCUUGGACACUGUUUGUGUACAGGACUGGCUGUGAUAGGAGGGAGAAUGAUCGCCCAGAAAAUAUCCGUCAGGACAGUUACAAUCAUUGGAGGGAUCGUUUUCCUGGCGUUCGCUUUCUCCGCCCUGUUCAUCAAGCCCGAAGCUGGAUUUUAAUUGGACGAGAGACUUUCAGGUUUACUCUGUACAUACGUGUAAAAUUUGGUUAAGUUGCCGUAGAGAGAAUUUAGUUUUGACUCUGUAUGUGUUCGACAGAAAAGUGUGAUGGGCUAAACGGGGGGGAAGCUUAAAGUCCUGCGCUCGUCUCCGAGGUGGCCUCUGUUCCUCUGACUGCGUGUGUGUGGACCGAUUGUUACUGAUCGCUGCCCUCCAGCUCGUCCGAAACGUUCUGCGGCUCAGAGACAGAGCCCGACGUCAUGCAGCACUUCCUCCCCCUCAGCCGUCUCUUUCACGCUGAGCACAUUUCAAACUUUUUUUGCCUUUUCUUUUUAAAUGUUGCAUGUUUAAUUAGCGUUUAUUCGACAUGAGCCCGGGUGUGUAAGUGUUAAACGUAGACCAAGCUGCCAGUUUCUCUCUUACCGGUGAUGCUACGAUUUUUAACUUCCCACUGUGAGGGGAAAAACACUGAAAACGGAACCAACAGCACAUAAUUAUGAAACUUAAGUUGAGAUUUUAUUUGAGGAAAUAUUUCCCUUUAGUUAAUCCUCUGUUUCACACAGGAGACGGACCUGAGCCACUAGAAUACCUCUGCGCUCCUGGUGUCGCAUCGUCUGUGCGGGUACAGAACCCAGAGAGCUACAGCACGGCGUUAAAACAGCUUAUGUGCAACUCUUCUAAAAAAAACACUCACCACGUAUCGGGAGUUUCAGGUGAAUGAAACGUAGAUCAAGUUAAAGGAAGGCCAGUGAUCACCGCCACAGAUUCUCCCACACAUGUUCAGUAUUCAAAGCCGUUUCUGCUGCCUCCAAUGUGACCGCCCCGGAUCACGAAACCGAUCAAGGACUUCAUAGGGUACAGAGUGGAUGAGUCACCACCACGUAUACAGUUUUUAAGUCACUCCUUUUUGCCAUAAGCGGCUGUGUUGUAGCUACAGUGACACCUGAAGGCGGCGACGUGAUUCAAGCCUUCGUUUCACCCUUUUUUUUUUUAUUUAAAGCGGUAUCUAUUUAUUUAGCUUCCUUUUCUUUCCUUUUUAAAACAACAUGUACUGUAGAAGCAGAAAAAAAGAGGGGAGGGUCUCUGUAAACAAGGACCGGAGAUAUUUUUUUAAGUGAACGGGCUAAAGCUGCGUUGUCAAUAUUUGACAGGCUGUGAAAUACUUCUGUUUGUGAUACAGGUCGGUUGAAAAAAAAUGCCUAUAAAUCUUCAAAAUGCUCAAUAAAAAUGUUUCACGUGU